AAGCUUUCAAGAACUGUAAAUGGUUCAAUUCCAGUACAUGAUUUGGAUGUGUUUAUAGGUAAAUAUUUGAAUGGUGCAGAUGAGGAUUUGGUUUAUGUUGAGCCAGUGGAUUAUGUGGCUGAGCCUGAAGGUUUUUUGCCAAAGGUGAAGAAUUCUGAGGUGAGGGAAUGGGCAUUGAAAGUGCAUUCACUUUGGAAGAAUUUAAGUAGAAAAGUUUCUGAUACAGUAUUGGAAAAACCAGAGUUGUAUACUUUGAUUCCAUUGAAAAAUCCAGUUAUUAUAGCAGGAUCACGUUACAGAGAGGUUUAUUACUGGGAUUCUUGCUGGAUAAUAAGGGGCUUGUUAGCAAGCAAGAUGUAUGAAACUGCAAAAGGGAUUGUGAGUAAUCUGGUUUCUCUGAUAGAUCAAUUCGGUUAUGUUCUUAAUGGUGCACGAUCAUACUACAGUAAUAGAAGUCAGCCUCCUCUCCUGUCUGCAAUGAUUGUUGAAAUAUACAACCGGACAGGCGAUUUGGACUUGGUUAGAAGAUCUCUUCCUGCAUUGCUCAAGGAGUAUCAUUUUUGGAAUUCAGGAAUACAUGAAGUGACUAUUCAAGAUACUCAGGGAUCGAACCAUAGUUUGAGUCGAUACUAUGCUAUGUGGAAUGAACCCCGGCCAGAAUCAUCAACUAUUGACAGUAAAACAGCUUCCAAACUCCCAAACAUCUGUGAGAAAAGACAAUUUUAUCGCGACUUGGCAUCAGCUGCAGAAAGUGGAUGGGAUUUCAGUUCAAGAUGGAUGAGGAAUGAACCUGAUCUCACAACAACUAGUACAACAUCAAUUCUACCAGUUGAUCUGAAUGCGCUCCUUCUGAAGAUGGAACUUGACGUAGCCUUUUUAGCAAAUCUUGUUGGAGAUACUAGCAUUGUUGCUCGAUUUACAGAAGCUUCUCAAAGUAGACAAAGGGCCAUAAACUGUAUCUUUUGGAACGCGGAGAUGGGGCAAUGGCUUGAUUACUGGCUUGACGACAACAACACAUCCGAGAUGGAUAUUUAUAAAUGGGAAGAUAUACACCAGAACAAGAAGUCAUUUGCCUCUAACUUUGUUCCUUUCUGGAUUGAAUUAUUCAAUUCAGAUGAUAUUACAACUCAAAAAGUUGUUCAAAGUCUCAAGAGCUCGGGCCUGCUUCAACCUGCAGGGAUUGCAACAACCCUGUCUAAUACUGGACAACAAUGGGAUUUUCCGAAUGGUUGGCCCCCCGUUCAACACAUGAUCAUUGAAGGUCUCGCAAGGUCUGGGCUAGAAGAGGCAAGUGCCUUGGCUAAAGACAUUGUUAUCCGAUGGAUACGAACAAACUAUGUAGCUUACAAGAAAACCGGUGCAAUGUAUGAAAAAUACGACGUGACAAAAUGGGGAGCAUAUGGAGGUGGUGGUGUGUAUGUAGCCCAAACGGGUUUUGGAUGGGCGAAUGGUGUUGUACUGGCACUUCUGGAGGAAUUUGGAUGGCCUGAAGACUUGAAGAUUGACUGCUACUGAGCAGGCAGAGUAACCAU